AUGGAGAAGCCAGCGCAGGCACCCGCCGUACCCGACCUCGAAGCUUCCUCCCCGGAUGUCCCCGUCAAAUCACAGUCGGACGUCAUGCAACGAUGGAAGCAGAAUCUGACUCCCACACACGCAGACUUAGUAUGUCUGCUUCUCUGUUUCCUCACGGGCCUAUGCGAUAGCAGUGCCUACAAUGCCUGGUCAUGUUUCCUUGGCAUGCAAACGGGAAAUACCAUCUUCCUCGGUCUCGGUGCCUCGAAUCAACCCAACAGCAAGCCAUGGGGCUGGCUGAAGUCCAUGGUCUCGAUCCUUGCCUUCUUCUUCGGCGCGAUGAUCUUCUCGCUCGCUAUGCGCACCGUCGGCGCCCUUCGCCGCGGGACCCUCUUCGCCUCGUUCUUCGUGCAGACCCUCCUCAUCAUCAUCGCCGUUGCUCUAAUUGAGGCCGAUCUUAUCCCCCACACCUCUGAUGAUGCCGCCCUAGACGGCGGCCCGCUCUUCCUCGAAUUGAUCCCCAUCGCUUUGCUGGCUUUCCAGUCCGCUGGUGGAAUGACCUGCAGCCGUGCGCUGGGGUACAAUGAGAUCCCGACCGUGGUCUUGACUAGUGUCUACUUCGAUAUCGCGUCGGAUCCUAAAAUCCUUGUGAAGCCGACCGCAAAUGUCAAGCGCAAUCGCCGGGUGGGUGGUGUUGUGGCACUACUUAUCGGUGCGAUUGUGGGUGGUUGGUUGAGUCGAAGCAGCGGAGGUAUGGAGUCGGCGCUGUGGAUGGCUGCCGGCAUGAAGUUCGUUGCUGCGUUUGGGUGGUUGUUCUGGAGGGCUGCGCCCGCAAAAUAG